AUGGCUAGCUGCACCAGGUUCACUCCAACUGCACCAGGGCAGCCUAGCAGGAAGCAGUACAACAGUUACAGCUCCAGCACCAACAUCUCCAAAGUUCCAGCAGGUUGCACAGCUGCAAGUCCUCAGCACCAGCAGCUUCUCAGCACCACAGUAAAAUAUCAACAGCAGCAGCAAAGCUGCAAUGCAGGAAAAUGCAAGAUAAUCCUCUCUGUUCUGUUCUUCGCGAAAGAAGGUGCAGAUUGCAAUCUCAAGCCAGUAAAGGAAGGCAUGCUUGAACCAGUCACGUUAACGUUCCAGAAAGGCCUAGCUCAGUUGUUCAAGAAGCCUUCAGGAACUGGAAUUGACUUGUCAACACUGGAAGAAGCAGAAUUACUGAAUAGCGGUAGUGAUCUGGAAGUGUAUCUACUUGCAGUAAAGGCAGAAGCAUCUCCAUUAGAUUGUAGUGGAUCAGAGGAGGGAAACCCCAAGGACUAG